AUGGAAGAAGAGGAGGCGACUGUCGGGGUUGGCCCUGCCGGUCCGUCUUUAAAUGGUCUUCGACGACAUGGAAGUCGAGGUAAACGAGCUGGUAAUGUCGCGGGUCAGGCUGGCUUUGCUAGCAGUGUGAUCAAUCUGGUGAAUACAAGUAUCUUCGUCAUUUUGUGGUCGGGCGUCACCGCGGGAUUCGGUCUCUACCUUCAGUCCCGAUGCGCGCAAUAUCUCGACCGGGGGAGUGCUUCGUUCUUCGCACUAUCACAACUAACAUACCCCAAUGCGGCUGUGGUAUUUGAUGCUGCUAUCGCGAUCAAAUGUUUUGGUGUUGGUGUGAGCUAUCUCAUCAUUAUCGGUGAUCUCAUGCCCGGGGUGGUUCAGGGAUUCGUGGGCGGCGAUCCAUCCUAUGACUUCUUGGUCGAUCGCCAUUUCUGGGUGACUGCGUUCAUGUUGAUUGUUAUCCCUCUCUCGUAUCUUCGCCGAUUGGACUCUUUGAAAUACACCAGUAUUGCGGCUCUCGUAUCGAUGGCAUACCUAGUCGUUCUGGUUUUUUACCACUUCAUUAAGGGAGAUACAAUGGCUGAUCGAGGCCCGAUUCGAGUUGGCCACUGGGCAGGACCAAUUCCAACUUUGAGCAGCUUUCCCGUCAUCGUUUUCGCAUUUACAUGCCAUCAGAAUAUGUUCUCGAUUCUAAAUGAAAUCGCCAACAACAGCCAUUUUCGAACCACGGGCGUUGUCUUGACUAGCAUAGGCAGUUCGGCUGCAACCUAUAUCCUUGUCGCUGUCACAGGCUACCUAUCUUUUGGCAACAACGUUGGUGGCAAUAUCGUCGGAAUGUAUCCUCCAGGCGUAUAUGCCACCAUUGGUCGGGCAGCGAUUGUUAUGCUAGUCGUCUUCUCUUACCCACUACAGUGUCACCCAUGCCGAGCUUCGGUCGAUGCCGUGUUGAAAUGGCGCCCUAAGUCUCAAUCUCCUCGUACGGAAGGUUCUCCUCAUCGACAUCCUCUGUUGGGACCUCGUGGAAGUCGAACACCAGAGCCAAUGAGUGAUAUUCGCUUCUCGAUAAUCACCACCACCAUUCUCAUCCUGAGUUACUUGGUGGCUAUGACCGUCUCAUCCCUCGAGGCUGUCUUGGCCUACGUUGGCAGCACUGGCAGCACAAGUAUCAGUUUUAUCCUCCCAGGACUGUUUUACUAUAAAAUUUCCGCACCAGAUUCACCUGCCCACCGUGGCCUUCUGAAAGAAGACGACGAGGCUGCAGAUGACAUCUCUGAUGAUGACGAUGUCGCUGAUGAUGAGGGCGAAGGUUCCCUAGCUCGAUCUCUCACUGAAAGUGGUAUUCUACGUCUCAACACACGCCACUGGCGUAAAUCCUUACUUCGCCGGCUAAGCUUGGGCCUAGCCGGGUAUGGCCUGGUGGUUAUGGUUGUGUGUCUAAUCACAAACACAUUCUUCGGUGCGUCGCACUGA